UUGUAGUGGUUAGAGAAGUUCUAUACGUAGUACUAUAAUACCCGCCACAGACGCGCGCGGUUAGUCGCGAUUCGUACGCGAGCGGUGGUGGUUCGUGUCUCGAGGAAGUUCGUUCUGUUUGCAAAGAAGGUGUGUGUUCGUUGAUAAUAGAAGCCGGCGUAUCAAACAACUAUGGUAAAAGCAUAUAACGGAGCCUUAGUCUUAGCAGACGUCUUGCUACUUAUUUUGAAGAUCCUCUAUUACAUCUGUGAGAGCGUGUACAGAUUCUUUGUUCCGGCUGAGGAAAAAAGCGUGGCGGGUGAAAUAGUUCUAAUAACAGGCACAGGUCAUGGUAUCGGGAAGGAGUUGGCACUUCGUUAUGCAUCUUUGGGUGCAACAGUGGUGUGUUGGGAUUUGAAUCAAGAGGCAAACGAGGAGACGGUGAACGAGAUCAAGAAAACGGAAGCAGCCGCGGCAUAUGCGUAUCAGUGCGACGUAUCGAACAGAGAGCAGGUUCUUAGCGUCGCUGAGAGAGUCAAAAAGGAAAUCGGUGAUGUCACUAUCUUAGUUAACAAUGCCGGCAUAAUGCCUUGUCACGCUUUUCUCGAUCACACAAACGACGAAAUAAGAAAAAUCUUUGACAUUAAUGUGUUAGCUCACUUUUGGAUGCUGCAAGCAUUCCUGCCAAGCAUGAUUGAAAAAAAUCACGGCCAUAUUGUUGCUCUCUCGUCCCUGGCAGGACUUAGUGGUAUUCCAAAUCUGGUUCCUUAUUGCGCUUCGAAGUUCGCAGUUAGAGGACUUAUGGAGUCCAUUUCCGAGGAACUACGGACAGCUACGAAAGGAAAGUCUUUGAUCAAAUUUACUACUAUUUAUCCGUACAUGGUAGACACUGGAUUAUGCAAAAAGCCGAAAAUAAGGUUCCCGAAUGCCGUGCCGUUGGUUUCACCGGGAGAAGCAGCUUCACAAAUAAUUCGUGCUCAGAGAACAGAUCAUCGAGAAAAAACUGUGCCUUCAUACUGGCUGUCUUUGACUGUAAUAGGAAGAAUGUUGCCCGACUCUGCAGUACAGUCUGCACUAGAUUUUGCCGAAUGCGGUGUCGAUGCAGUCAGCUAACAAAUAGGAAUGCUCGCGAUUAGCUUGUAACAAUCUGUGAAUAACAUGGUGUUUUGAUAUUGAUGUCUUCAAUAUGUUAUCGCAUUAUUCAUAAGACAUAUAUAAACUACGUCGGGUCAAAUGAUUCCUACAUCAUACUUCGUGUGUUAUAUAAAUUAUUUGGGCGUCUUAUUCUGCGAUAUUUAUACUAUUCUAUAAUAUAUGUAUGUGAGAAAAUAAUAUUAUAUUAAUUAUUAAUUAUUGUAAACAAUUGCAAAUUGUACGUAUAUAAACGUGUAUAAACGUAAACAUUCACAACUA